UAAGAAUACGCCCGUGUGGAUCGCUUCAUCUAAUCCGGAAGCACCCGAAGGAUUGCAAUACAAACGAGUACCCAAGGCCAUGGAUUCUCUUGGAGUCACGUAUCAAGACGUAGGAAGUUCAAGCUCGAUUUUACUAACUCCCAGUGUUGACGGUCAAAUAAGCUUGGAUGGAGUACUUAAUAAAACAUUUGUAAUCAAAUCUCUGCCGCAACGAAUUCUGAGGCACGUUCUUUAUGGAGGACAGAAGCUCCUCGAGCCACUUCACACGAAGAACGUGACGAGCGACGAUGACUUCGCCUACACGCAUCAUCACGUAGUCUACAAAGUACCUUCGUCGGAUCACUACGCAGAUUUGAAAAUUGCAGAUCCUAAGAGCGAGAAAAGAGAGAAACGCAAUGCCCCGGACACCAUUUAUCCAGAAUUUAUAAUAGUGGCCGACUACAGCAUAUAUAAAAUACUUGGCGGAAAUAUCGAGCAGGUCGUAAAAUAUCUCGUCGCGUUUUGGAACGGAGUUGAUUUGAGGUAUCGUUUGCUAACCACACCGAAAAUUCGAUUUAAUAUCGCAGGAAUAAUUAUAGGCGUGGACAAGGAUGCGAUUCCGUAUCUAGAAAACAGUCGUAUCAAAAUUUCAGAACGAGAUUUAGACGCGGAUCGUGCUUUACGCGGCAUGGCAGAUUACUUUUAUCGCGAGAGCAGAUUUCCAAAAGAUUUUUACGACAUGGCGAUCGCUAUGACACAUCUGGAUAUGUGCAAUAUGAUCACUGAUGAUUAUUGCGACACGUCGACUUUGGGUUACGCGUAUGUAGCCGGUGCGUGCGACAGAAACGCAACGAAGCAAUCAUCCGAGGCCGUUGGAAUCGUUGAGGACAACGGUGGAUUUUCCGGUAUCAUUCCUACGGCUCACGAAAUCGGCCAUCUGAUAGGGGCACGUCACGACGGCAAUCCGAAGGGCGCCGGAGAUUGUUCAGCUCAUGAUGGCUUCAUCAUGGGCAGCGGAUUGAUGUUGCACGAGAACGGCUUCGAAUGGUCCUCGUGUAGCAUAGACGCCUUCUACAAUUUUAUCAACGAAGACAGAGCGAAGUGCCUUUACAACGAGCCUGAAAUGGGUGAACCAAUAACGCGUAUUUUACCCGGGACUUUGAUGUCCUUGGAUGACCAAUGUAGAAAGGUCUUCGGGGAUAAUACGAAGGCGUGUAACAAAGACCCAUUGGUCUGUACUGGCUUGGAGUGUCAAUAUCCUAAUAUCGAGGGCAUUUGCAAAGCGACCGCGCCAGCAGCGGAAGGUUCUUCUUGCGGAGACGGUUUAAUCUGCCUGAACGGCAAAUGCGUGCUAGAAGGAGUAAUACCUAAGGACAAAGAAUCGUUACUCAGGAAGUACCUGCCGCAGUUCAAAGCUCAAUCGAUCAGAAAGAUUCCGUGGUUUGGAUUAUUAAAAAAACUGAAGGACAGAAUAAAGGACAGAAUAAAGGACAAAGUAAAGGACGGACUGGCGGGCAAAAUAAAGGACAGACUGAAGGGACUCCUCUCGUGAAAAUAAAUAUCAAUGUUAUUCAGGUCACCGUACACACUGAUAUGACUACCGCUGCAUUCUACGCUGUUGCUGCUUUAAUGGGGUAUUACAUAACAAAAUAAAAUUAUAUGUUUCGUAUAUUAUGUUAGGAAUAUAUUUUAUAUUCUUUUUUAAGAAUAUAUUAUAUCCUGAUUGAAAAUUUUCAAUUAUUUGUACAUAGUAGUUUAGGCAUGUAAAUAAUACAAAGAAAGACAUGAGGAAGACAUUUGUUGUAAUAAUGUAAGGAUAUUGUAAUUUCAUAUACCAAAAAUUCAAAAACUAUCAUAUUCUCUCUCAGUUACAUACUGUUGGACAAACAAAAAUUGCAUUUUUCGAUUACAAAAAUUUAAUCACUACUUUAACGCGGAAUUUGUUUCUCAGUUGCAAAUUAAAUUUUCACCGAUUUAAAUUCCUAAAAUUAAAAGUUUUCAAUACUUUCAUUUCCCCAGUAUAAAUUUUAAUGUAAUUUUAGAGAUAGUAAUUAAGUGUAUUGCUGGCUUGAAUAUUAGUUCCAUGAUUCGAGAAAAUCCAUGAUUAGAGAGAAUAUAACAGUUUCAAAAUGCCCUAUAUAACGCAACACAUUGUAAAAAAAUAUAAACGCACAAAAUAAAUAAUGAUUUGUCUGCUACAAUUAAAAAUCAACUAAUAUCGUGACAUGCUACUUAUACAGCUUAAAGUAAUUCUAUUUAAUCUACCACGAGUAUUUUCAUAUGUA